AUGGCGUGGUUAAGCUUGCAGCCUCUCACCUCGGCCUUCCUCCAUUUUGGGCUGGUUACUUUUGUGCUGUUUUUGCAUGGUUUGCAGGUGGAUGCUGCCUUGACGGGAGACUCAACCAGUUCAGUACAAAACAGUUCGUGUUCAGGAUCUUUUGACUGCAAGGAGGGUGUUAUCCUGCCAAUAUGGUACCCAGAAAAUCCAUCCCUUGGGGACAAAAUUGCCCGGGUUAUUGUAUACUUUGUAGCAUUGAUCUACAUGUUCCUUGGAGUCUCCAUCAUUGCAGAUCGUUUCAUGGCAUCUAUAGAGGUUAUUACAUCACAAGAGAAAGAAAUCACAAUUAAGAAACCCAAUGGAGAGACCACAACAACCACCAUUCGGAUUUGGAAUGAAACUGUUUCCAACUUGACCCUCAUGGCUCUGGGCUCUUCUGCUCCUGAGAUCCUUCUAUCGUUGAUAGAAGUAUGUGGGCAUGGAUUCAUAGCUGGAGACCUGGGGCCUUCCACGAUUGUUGGCAGUGCUGCUUUCAAUAUGUUUAUCAUCAUUGCCAUCUGUGUCUAUGUGAUCCCUGAUGGGGAAACCAGAAAGAUAAAACACCUGAGGGUUUUCUUUGUCACAGCUGCAUGGAGCAUUUUUGCUUACAUUUGGUUGUACAUGAUCCUUGCUGUUUUCUCUCCAGGUGUGGUUCAGGUCUGGGAAGGUCUGCUCACACUUUUCUUCUUUCCACUUUGUGUCCUUCUGGCUUGGAUAGCAGAUAAACGUUUGCUUUUCUAUAAGUAUAUGCACAAAAAAUACCGUACUGACAAGCACAGGGGCAUUAUCAUAGAAUCAGAAGGUGAUCACCCUAAGGGAAUUGAGAUGGAUGGCAAGAUGAUGAACUCUCACUUUCUGGAUGGAAACCUAGUGACUGUGGAGGGGAAGGAGGUAGAUGAAUCUCGCAAAGAGAUGAUUCGGAUCCUUAAGGACCUGAAGCAGAAGCACCCAGAAAAGGACUUGGAUCAGCUGGUAGAAAUGGCUAACUACUAUGCCUUGUCUCAUCAGCAAAAGAGCAGAGCUUUUUAUCGCAUUCAAGCUACUAGAAUGAUGACCGGAGCUGGAAAUAUUCUGAAGAAACAUGCAGCUGAGCAAGCCAAGAAGAGCACCAGCUUGCAUGAAGUGCGGCCAGAUGAGCCUGAAGAAUUCAUCUCCAAAAUUUAUUUUGACCCGUGUUCCUACCAGUGUCUUGAGAACUGUGGUGCUGUUCUCCUGACAGUGGUGCGGAAAGGAGGGGACAUGUCCAAGACCAUCUAUGUGGACUACAAAACAGAGGAUGGCUCUGCCAAUGCUGGUGCUGACUAUGAGUUCACAGAAGGGACUGUUGUCCUGAAAUCAGGGGAGACGCAGAAGGAGUUCUCUGUGGGAAUUAUUGAUGAUGACAUCUUUGAGGAGGAUGAGCAUUUCUUUGUGCGGCUCAGUAACCUGCGUGUGGUGGAGAAUGAGGAACCUCCAGAGCUCAGUAACUCCCCGUACCCAAAGGCCAUACUGGCCUCUCCUUGUGUGGCCACAGUGACUAUACUGGAUGAUGACCAUGCUGGCAUCUUCACAUUUGAGUGUGAUGUUAUACAUGUCAGUGAGAGCAUUGGUGUGAUGGAAGUCAAAGUCCUAAGGACAUCAGGUGCUCGAGGUACAGUCAUAGUGCCAUAUAGGACAGUAGAAGGGACAGCGAAAGGAGGUGGAGAGGAUUUUGAAGACACUUAUGGGGAGCUGGAGUUCAAGAAUGAUGAAACUGUCAAAACAAUUCACAUCAAGGUAAUUGAUGAUGAGGAGUAUGAAAAAAACAAGAAUUUCUUCAUUGAGCUGAUGAGCCCACGCAUGGUGGAUAUGAGUUUACAGAAAGGUGGACUGACUUGUCCAGGACAACCUUUAUGGAGAAAGAUACAUUCUCUAAUGCAUCCACUUCUUAGUAUUGACCUUGCUUUCACAGAAGUGGCUGACAGGAAGCUAACGGUUGAAGAGGAGGAAGCCAAGAGGAUCGCAGAGAUGGGCAAACCCAUACUUGGCGAGCAUCCCAAACUAGAAGUCAUCAUUGAGGAGUCCUAUGAGUUCAAGAGCACUGUGGACAAGCUGAUUAAGAAGACAAAUCUGGCUCUGGUUGUAGGGACACAUUCCUGGAGGGACCAGUUCAUGGAAGCCAUUACUGUCAGUGCAGCGGGCGAUGAAGAUGAGGAUGAGUCUGGUGAGGAGCGCCUGCCAUCCUGUUUCGACUACGUGAUGCACUUCCUGACCGUCUUCUGGAAGGUGUUGUUUGCCUGUGUGCCCCCCACGGAGUACUGCAAUGGCUGGGCCUGCUUCGUCGUCUCCAUCCUGAUCAUCGGCAUGCUAACCGCGGUCAUUGGAGACCUCGCCUCCCACUUCGGCUGCACCAUUGGCCUCAAGGACUCAGUAACUGCCGUUGUGUUCGUAGCCUUCGGCACCUCCGUACCAGACACUUUCGCCAGCAAAGCAGCAGCCAUCCAGGACGUGUACGCCGACGCAUCCAUCGGCAACGUCACAGGCAGCAACGCUGUCAACGUCUUCCUGGGGAUCGGGCUGGCGUGGUCGGUGGCAGCGAUCUACUGGGCCUCGCAGGGGCAGGAGUUCCAGGUGUCAGCAGGCACCCUGGCCUUCUCCGUCACCCUCUUCACCAUCUUUGCAUUCAUCUGCAUCAGUGUCCUGCUCUACCGCCGGCGGCCACACCUUGGAGGGGAGCUGGGUGGCCCCCGGGGCUGCAAACUGGCCACAACAUUGCUCUUCGUGAGCCUGUGGCUACUGUACAUCCUCUUCGCCACCCUGGAGGCCUAUUGCUACAUCAAGGGGUUUUAG